AUGAAGAUUUUCAGCCUCUUUUUCACCUUCAGCUUCGCAAUGGAUGAGUUGCUCAUGAUGAUGAUGUUCCAAAACCAGAAUCUUGGCUCUUCCCAAGACCAGCAACUCUCCCAAUUACUCCCUCUUCUGAUGCUCUCUGACGAUCUCGGAAGCUCGGAGAAUUCCGAUCUGCUCAUGAUGAUGCUCAUGCAAGAAAAUGGCCAUGUGAACGACUUCAAUGCUAUUCUACCUAUGCUUCUCUUGGGCGAUGAUGACUUUUCGGGAGACAUUGAUUUCAAAAAUUUAUUUUUGCUUUCGACAAUGACUCAGAAAGAUUGCAGCGUUUCUACGGCUGGUCAGCUUCAUAAUCUUUUGCCGCUGUUGAUGAUGUCUUCCGACUCUAGAAAUGAUAAUUCUACAGAUCCUCUCAUGCUCAUGAUGAUGAUGCAGACUAUGGGUGGCCAGGGAACUGUCGACAUGAACAUGAUUCUUCCCUUUUUGCUCUCUGACGACAUGGAAGCGGAUAACCUUAUGUUGAUGGUCCUGAUGAGCUCCAUGUCUGGCGGUCUUGACUCCCAACAAGGAUUCGACAACAACUUCAAUCUCAUGCUUCCCCUUCUUUUGGCCGACGACGAUUCUGAUCUCGAUACUGAUCUCCUUGUUCUGAUGAUGGCGAUGCAAUCUCAAGCUCCUGGAACUGGAAUGAACGCCGAUAUGAUCCUCCCAAUGCUUUUGAUGGAUGAUGACUCGGACAACCAGAAUCUUCUCUUCUUCAUGAUGAUGUUCAACGGACAACAGCGAUGCGAACCAACUCCUACUAUUUUUGGAUGA